UGUGGCGUACAGCGGACAUCGAAUACCCUAACACCGGGAUCCUGUUGUUAUAAAAUCAGCAAUUAUGAUGAUGGAGAAAAAAACCUGUUCCUUUCCGAAACCUGUAAUGACAAGAUAAUACUUCGGAUAGCGAAAUAAUUAGGACAAAUACGAGUUUAAUUAUGACGUAUUUGGGAACAUUUUUCGUUCUGUUUUGAGACGCUUUCCUGCCUUGAUAGAUGAUCAAUGAAGUCGGUCAUUUGGAGAUUCAAAACGACACUAUUUUCUUACCUUAGUUUGACAUUUGACAAACACCACCCCCUUUCUAUUCCUACAUCAAUAGGCCUAAGAAGACACAUUGUGGGCCUAGUACAAUACCCCGUCUAAACGGAAACAGUCCCGCAGAUACAGCGUCUCAACUUGGAUCACUAAAUAUGAUUGGACUGAAGUACAGCAUGUCUCUACCCAUGGCUGCAGGGGCCUUGUUAGUGGGCAUCCCCUACUCCAUCUCUCUCGUAGCCCAGUGGAUGUAUGGCUGGCCUAACAAGCCGGGCUAUAAAAAGUACAUUGAGGCUCUGAAGCCAAGGCGGAUAUACUGUCUGACUAGAGCUGUGCUGGAGAUGCUGAAAUACUUCCAGUAUGGAAAACUCUAUUUCCAGUGGAAGUCCUGGUACAAGAAUGUAGAAAACCACAAGCAUUAUGAAAAGGGCAUCACGUUUGGGCGUCGUAGCAACAAACUGGAUCUGUAUUAUUCUCCCACGGUUGGCCAGCCAGGCCGUGGACCGGUGCCUGUGGUAGUGUUUAUAUACGGAGGAGCCUGGGGUUCAGGGGAGAGGUCCAUAUACUGUCUACUGGCCAUGCAGAUGGCUAAGGAGCUCAGCGCAACGGUGAUCUGCCCCGACUAUUGCACCUAUCCAAAGGGUAAUGUUUUGUGUAUGGUUCAAGAUAUUGCGGACUGUCUCAUUUGGGCGAGGGACAGCGGCCAUAAAUUCAACUUUGACAAAGAUAACAUUGUGUUAAUCGGCCACUCUGCUGGGGCUCACCUAGCAGCUCUAACCGUGCUGUUCAUGGUCGAGGGACGAGACGAGCUCUUUAUAGAAGCCAAGAAGCAGACAGAGAUCACCAUGGCAAUCAGAGGAGUUACAGGUUUGAGUGGAGUGUACAACAUCGUGGACCACUACGAACAUGAACAGAUGAGAGCUGUGGAGUAUGUCUCUACGAUGCACAAAGCCAUGAACGGAGUGGAGAACUUCCCUUAUUACUCACCAACACACCUACUGAAGAAAUUCAGCGAGGCACAACUGAAAAGAGUGCCACCUUUCUGCUUACUCCACGGGACCACCGACAUCAUAGUUCCGGUGGAAUCUUCCCAGAGGUUCUCUGAGCUGCUCACGUCCCUGUCAAUCAAGGUGUCCCUGUACCUCAUGCCUAAAAUGGACCACACAGAGAUAGUCACCGAUCUCAUGGCGACAGACAGGCACUUCUACAAAACAGUGUACAGCUGCAUCAAACAGGAGUACAGCAAGUUCAUAGGCCAGGUCUGUGACUGCUGAACGAAACGACUAACACAAUACAUUAUUCAUUCAUGAUGUGCCGUAAUUCCUCUUGUUUACAUAUUUUUUUCUUCUUCAGUUAAUUAUUAUUAUGAUACCUCGAAUUUACAGGAUUUAGACUUUUCGACAAAAACAAAAAAAUAGUUUUAACUCUCUGUUUUAAUCUCCAUGAUGCUUUCUCUGGUGUGUGUUUCAUAAUGGUUCCAUGAUUGUAAACAGACUGAAUGAUAUUUUAAUCCAAUAAUUCCUCGUCUUUUUACACAUCAGAUUAUUUUUCAGAGCGGAUAUGAUUGGUCAAAAGAUUAGCCGGUAGAAAGAUCUGAAUUGGUCUCUCUGUCUAAACAAAGCCCAUAUGUGUGUCAGAACUCAAAUGCACACGCCAAAUAAUCGUGCCAGAGUUUUUUCACCUUUGGAACUAUCCCAUUGGUUCCAUUGUUGCCAGGCCAACUAAAUCAAGUAUUGGAUAUGUAUUUGACCAAGUCUGGUGCGUACAGAACACUGUAUGAGAUAUCCCAAGGUCCAAUAUAUUCACUCUGCUUCUGCCUCUGCAUUGUUUGUUCAUUGAGGGUUUGAGGCUGGGUAUCUGUAAAAGCACUUUGUGACAACUGCUGAUGUAAAAAGAAAAAAGGGCUUUAUAAAAACACAUUUGAUUGAUUUAUUGAUCCAGUAACAACCUUUAUAUAGCAAUAGUGUCAGUGUUAACUCCCACUCCGACAGAGUAAUAUGGGCUAGUAUGCAGCAAAGCAUUGACAACAUUCCCGUGUGGAUUAAGACGCCACAUCCUAAAUUGCACCCUAUUCCCUACAUAGUGCACUACUUUUGACUAGAGCCCUAUGGCACCCUAUUCCGUACAUAGUGCACUACUUUUGACCAGAGCCCUAUGGACAGUGCACUAUAUAGGGAAAAGGGUAGCAUUUGGGACAGACUCCAAACAGUGGUAGCAGAUCUGUUGUAAACGUUCUACUGAUAAUCUGUUGCGUUAAUAUGGUCAACCAGGGUACAUUAGAUUUUCUGUUUAUUUAAUGUUUUAACAACUACAUACUACAUCUGAUGAAAUGUAAUCAUUACAUUACUCUUAUUUUGCAUUUUGAAUAUCUGCUCUUAAAAGUUAUGUAUUGAUUUAUUUAAUAAAAGUCUUAAAUUUUGUCUUAAAAAAAAAAAAAAAAAAAUGAAAUACCCAGAUGCACAAAAACUUGUCUGACCUUGUUGAGUAUGUUGAGUACCUUGUUGAGUACUGAACCAAAUGAACCUAAGCAUGAACCACAAGACUCUUUGGUAUCUUAAAAUCAAAUUAAAGUUUAUUGGUUGCGUACA